GUUUCUUUGUAUUUCCGCUAUUAUCGCUGUCUCUCUCUCUCUCUCACACUCUCUCUCAAGUCUAUCUCUGGUCCGAGCCUCUCUUGGUCUUGCUCAGAUAAGCUUUCCCUGGUGAGAGUUUCAAGCCGAGUACACUUCCAUUCAUAUACAUCAUUUUCUUGUUUUGUUUUAAAGAUUUAUCCGGAAAGCUCUGCAUUGUUUGAUAAAUUCCCAGUGCUGCGGAGGUCUGAUAAAAUGGUGGAGGAGAAGUCUGCAAUAGCAAAAGAUGUUACUGAAUUGAUUGGUAACACGCCGCUGGUAUUUCUCAACCAUGUUGUAGAUGGUUGUGCAGCACGAAUUGCCGCUAAGCUAGAGAUGAUGGAACCCUGCUCAAGUGUCAAGGACAGAAUCGGAUAUAGCAUGAUUGCUGAUGCAGAGGAGAAGGGUCUCAUUACUCCGGGUGUGAGUGUCUUGAUUGAGCCUACCAGUGGCAACACUGGCAUAGGGUUGGCAUUCAUGGCAGCUGCCAAGGGUUACAAACUCAUAAUUACCAUGCCUGCUUCAAUGUCUCUUGAAAGAAGAAUCAUUCUUAAAGCUUUUGGAGCUGAGCUGGUUCUAACAGAUCCAGCCAGGGGCAUGAAAGGCGCUGUUCAGAAGGCUGAAGAGAUACUCGCAAAGACUCCCAAUGCUUAUAUUCUUCAGCAAUUUGAAAACCCUGCAAACCCAAAGAUCCAUUAUGAGACCACUGGACCAGAGAUCUGGAAAGGCUCUAGUGGGAAGGUUGAUGCAUUUGUGUCUGGGAUAGGAACUGGAGGUACAAUAACAGGUGCAGGGAAGUAUCUCCAAGAGCAAAACCCCAAUGUUAAGCUUUAUGGGGUUGAACCAGUUGAAAGUGCCAUAUUGUCAGGAGGGAAACCUGGCCCACAUAAGAUCCAAGGAAUUGGUGCUGGCUUCAUCCCUGGAGUUUUGGAUGUCAAUCUACUCGAUGAAGUUAUUCAAAUAUCAAGUGAAGAAGCUAUUGAAACUGCUAAGCUUCUUGCAUUGAAAGAAGGUUUGCUGGUAGGGAUAUCAUCUGGUGCUGCUGCUGCUGCUGCAAUUAAGAUAGCAAAGAGGCCAGAAAAUGCUGGGAAACUCAUUGUUGUGAUCUUCCCAAGCUUUGGAGAGCGUUAUCUGUCAUCUGUUCUGUUUGAAUCUGUGAAGCGGGAGGCAGAGAGCAUGGUUUUUGAGGUCUGAAUAGCCUAGUUUCAAAAGGAGUCUCAACUUUCAGGCCGGUGGCAUCUGAAGUAUGAGGCAGAGAACAUGGUUUUCAAGUUGCAAUUUUUAACUUUGGUUUGGAUGGUUCUGCUUCUUCCUGUUUACAUGAAUAAAUGCUGUGAAGGUCACUGGCGCUAGACGUGGAAUUUAAAUACUCAUGGAAUUUAAAGCAGAUGUGUUCUGGUAAUUAAUUUCCUGUUAGAACCACUAAGUUUUUCUGUUUGUUCGACCAUCGUUUUGUUUGCGUUUAGACCUUAACAAAAUCAGUAUUCUAUGCCAAAAUGUUGUAAUCUGAAGGAGACUUCAUGGUACUGGUUUUGCCAAAAAUUCGAUUGUGGCUCUUCUUCCUUUUCCUUCAAUGAAUGUUUUGAAGCUUA